AUGGCCAGUUCAUCGGAAAUAAAUGCCAAUGCGAUUCUCGCAAUCGUCUAUUUCGCUAGUGGCGCAACAAUAUGCGGUCUAAAUUUGGUAUGUAUCAGUACAAUUCCGGAAUGCUUUGGACAACCGUUUCGGAAUGUCAUUCCGUCGCUUUAUUUAGCGCUUCUGGCCGCACUCCUUCUAAUGAGCACAAUCGCCGUUUUACCGUCAACCUUUGUCGUGCCUCUUAUAAUCGGUUGGUAA